GCACAGCUGUCUCAGGCUUUAAAUGGUGUUUCAGAUAAAGCAAAGGAAGCUAAAGAAUUUUUGGUUCAGCUGAAAAAUUUACUGCAGCAGAUCCAGGAGAACGGGUUGGAUUAUGAAGCCUGUCUUGUCGCUCAGUGUGAUGCCUUGGUUGAUGCAUUAACACGACAGAAGGCAAAACUGCUCACAAAGGUGACCAAAGAACGUGAGCACAAGCUGAAGGUUGUUUGGGACCAGAUAAAUCACUGUACACUGAAGCUACGCCAGUCAACGGGACUUAUGGAGUACUGCCUAGAAGUGAUCAAAGAAAAUGAUCCCUCUGGGUUUUUACAGAUUUCGGAUGCUUUAAUCAAACGUGUUCAGGUAUCUCAGGAACAGUGGGUCAAAGGAGCCUUGGAGCCAAAAGUGUCUGCUGAGUUUGACUUGACUCUGGAUAGUGAACCUUUACUGCAGUCGAUUCACCAGCUGGAUUUUAUUCAGAUGAAAUGUAGGGUGCCACCCGUCCCAUUACUGCAGCUGGAGAAGUGUUGCACCAGAAACAACAGCGUGACGUUGGCCUGGAGGAUGCCACCUUUGAGCCACAACCCGGUGGAGGGUUAUAUCUUGGAGCUCGAUGAUGGAGAUGGUGGCCAGUUCCGAGAAGUAUAUGUUGGCAAGGAGACUCUCUGCACCAUUGACGGCCUUCAUUUCAACAGUACCUAUAAUGCAAGAGUCAAAGCUUUUAACUCAUCAGGAGUUGGUCCUUACAGCAAGACAGUUAUUUUACAGACGUCGGAUGUGGCGUGGUUCACCUUCGACCCCUCCUCAGCUCACAGAGACAUAGUGCUGUCCAAUGACAACCAGACUGCCACCUGCAACAGCUAUGAUGACCGGGUUGUUCUUGGCACAGCAGCCUUCUCCAAGGGCGUGCAUUACUGGGAGCUGCACGUGGACCGGUACGACAACCACCCGGAUCCAGCCUUUGGUAUUGCCAGGAUUAACGUCGUCAAGGACAUGAUGCUGGGCAAGGAUGACAAGGCGUGGGCCAUGUACGUUGACAACAACCGCAGCUGGUUCAUGCAUUGCAACUCUCACACCAAUCGGACUGAAGGAGGAGUUUCUAAAGGUGCCACUGUUGGUGUUCUUCUGGAUCUGAACAAGCACAGCCUGACCUUUUACAUAAAUGGGCAGCAGCAAGGGCCUCCAGCGUUUGAGAACGUCGAAGGUGUGUUCAUGCCUGCACUGAGCCUCAACCGAAACGUCCAGGUGACCCUGCACACAGGAUUGGAAGUGCCACAGUGUGUAAAACAACCCAAGUUGCCCAACAACUAA